AUGCUGAACGACUUGAACCCCCCUCAACGACAGGCGGUCACCACGCUUUCGGGCCCGUUGUUGGUGCUGGCCGGUGCCGGAACGGGGAAAACUAGGGUCGUCACCUACCGCAUCGCCCGACUCAUUCAGCAUGGCGUUCGACCGGAGGCCAUCCUGGCGGUCACGUUCACCAACAAAGCCGCCACUGAAAUGCAACAACGGGCCGGGGCACUGCUGGGCAAGAAGCGGAAAGAACGGCCCGAGAUUUCCACGUUCCACAGCCUGUGCGUCCGGGUGCUCCGCCGUCGAAUCACCGCCCUGGGGUACCCGGAAAAGUUCGCCAUCUACGAUCGCGGCGACCAGGAAAGCCUUGCCCGGGGGGCCCUGCGGGAGAUCAAGGUCUCCGGUGAGAUGCUCCGUCCGCGCGAUCUGCUGUUCUUCAUCGGCAACUGGAAGAACAAAGGCAUCCGCCCCCAGCAAGCCCUGGAGUUGGCCCGCAGCGACAAAGAACACCUGGCCGCCAGCGGAUACCGUCGGUACCAAAAGGCCCUGCAAGCCGCCGGGGCGGUCGACUUCGACGACCUGCUGCUGUGCACCGAAGAGCUAUUCGAGAACCACCCCGACAUCCGUCGCGAAGAGGCCGCCCGUUUUACUCACUUACUGGUCGACGAAUAUCAAGACACCAACGGCAGUCAAUAUCGCAUCAUUCGUGCCCUGGCCCUGGGGCAUCGUAAUCUGUGCGUGGUGGGCGACGACGACCAAUCGAUCUACGGCUGGCGCGGUGCCGAAGUGGCUCACAUCCUGCGGUUCAAACGCGACUGGCCCGAGGCCACUGUGGUGCGGCUGGAAGACAACUACCGCUCGAAGGCCCCCAUCCUCGAAGUGGCCAACCGACUGAUCGCCUUCAACCAAGAGCGGCACGAUAAGGUGCUGCGGCCGGCCCGCCAGGGCGGCGACAAACCGCAUGUGCUGCAAUUCGCCGACGAAGAAGGCGAAGCCAAGUACAUCGCCGAGGAUAUCCAGAAGCUCACCCGCACGAACCGAGUGCAGCCGAGGGACAUCGCCAUUCUGUUCCGCACCAACGAGCAGCCGCGGGCCUUCGAGCAAGAACUCCGAAGACGCGAUGUACCGUACGUGCUGGUCGGCGGCAUGUCGUUCUUCGACCGCAAAGAAGUGCGGGAUAUCUUCUCGUAUCUGAAAUUGCUCGUCCGCCCGGGCGACGAAGUGGCCCUGCUACGAAUCAUCAAUGUCCCGCAGCGCGGCAUCGGGCAAACCACCGUCAAGAAGCUGCUGGAACAGGCGGUCUCCAGCGGUCAGCCGCUGUGGGAUAUCGUCCGUAAGGUCGAUCGCAACUCAAACUUCCCCGGCCCCGCCGUGCAGGGUUUGACCGACCUGCGAGAAACGCUCGACCGCAUUCGCAACCUAGUGGGUAAGCGGCCGGUCGAUCACAUCGUCCGCGAGGUGAUCAGCCAGUUCGACUACCGAAGGGAAAUCGAACGCCAAUACCCCAACGCCAACGACCAGGAACUGCGCUGGAACGCGGUCGAGGAAGUCGUCAACGCGGCGGCCCAGCACGAAGCCCGUUACGAAGAGGGUUCGCUGGAGAAGUUCCUGGACGAUAUUUCGACCAACGACCGCGACGACGACAAAGACACGCAGCUCAAACGAAAUGCCGUGGCAUUGAUGACUUUGCAUAGUGCCAAGGGACUCGAGUUCCCUCGCGUGUACAUGGUCGGCAUGGAAGAAGGACUACUGCCGCAUCAACGGGCCAUCAGCGAAGACGAGAGGCAGAUCGACGAAGAGCGGCGUCUGUGCUACGUCGGGCUCACACGCGCCCAGGAUGUGCUCACGCUCAGCCUGGCCCAAAGCCGGCGGAAGUGGGGCAAAAGCCGAACGAGUAUCCCGAGCCGAUUUCUCUUUGAACUCUUGGGCAAAGCAGACAAUCCCGCGGCCGCUCGGGCGAUGGCCAACCAGGCCGCCGCAGCUAACGAAAUUUGUGCUGUUAUUGCCCAAGUCGACUGGGAAGGGAGCGCAAUCGGCGUAGUGCAGUCGAUCCGCAUCGGAUACACUCGGAGGCGCCGAAUGACAUCGACCACUGCGUUGAGCUUCAUCCACACCAGCGAUUGGCAUUUAGAAUCGCCCGCUGGCGGAAUCCCCGAAGUGCCACAAGGUCUUCGCGAGUUGUUUCUCGAAGCCCCGUACAUGGCCGCAGAACGGGUGAUCGAAACCGCUCUGGAAAACAACGUCGACUUUGUCGCACUCUCGGGCGACGUGGUCGACCCCCAGUUGGCCGGCCCGCGGGCGUGGCUGUUCUUACAAGAACAAUUCGCUCGACUCGCCGAUCGCGACAUCGAGGUCUACUGGGCCGGUGGACGAGUCGACCCACCCGAGGCCUGGCCCGAGCGAUUGAAACUUCCAGACAAUGUAACGGUCUUCCCUGCCGACGAGCCCGCCCGUGUCAUGCGGAGCCGUGGUCAUGAACCGGUGGCGGAGAUCAUCGGCCAAAGCCGACGUGGGCGGAAGGCGCUCGAUGCCGAGUUGUUCACGCGUCGUCAGACCGAACUGCCAACCAUUGUUAUUGCCCACGCGAAGGUGGAUGCCGAAGCGUUGGAGCAAGAGUCAAUCGACUAUUGGGCUCUGGGCAGCAAGCACCGCCGGGCCACGUUGUUCGCCUCGCGAAAGAUCGGGCACUACUGCGGUUCGCCCCAAGGUCGCUCACCCCGCGAGCAUAGCGCGCAUGGCUGUACGUUGGUCACCACCGACGACGAAGGCAAGCUGCACACCAGCUUCGUGCCGACCGAUGUGCUGCGCUGGCAGAACGAACGACUGGUGGUUGAUGAUGCCACCACGAUGGCCGACAUGGAACAAAUGCUCGGCGAGCGAAUGCGGAGCCUGGUGGCCGCCGGCGGCGAUAUCGACACGAUCGUCUCUUGGACCAUCUCCGGAAGCGGCUCGCUGAUCUCUCAUGUGCGACGCCCGGGUGCGAACGCUCAACUUCUGAAUACGUUGCGACGCCAAUACGGCGAGGGGUCGCCCGCAGUGUGGACUGCGACGUUGGACGUGGAUUCCACCGGAACACUCGACCCGAGUUGGUACGAACAAGACUCGAUCUUGGGCGACUUUCUCCGGGUGCUCCGCGACCGGCAAUCGGACAAACAACCGCUCGAUCUUACUGAGUUCAUCGGCGAAAGCCCCUUGCAGGAAGAACUCGAGACCGCGGUGUUGAUCGAAAGUAAGGACCAGCGACAGGACGUGCUGCGGCACGUUGCAGCGCUAGGAGCCGAAUUGCUCCGAGGGGAGGCCGGCAAAUCGACCCUGAUGCAGUUCAUUCGCGCGGUGCUGUACGGGUUCUCGCCCGAGCAUCACCUGCGGUACUUGCCUCCGGUGCGAGGGAAAAAGCCCGGCGGGAAGUUGCGGCUCGAUACUUCACGCGGUGAGUUCGUGGUGAGCCGGGGUAACGAUCCUCAGGCGGACGGCCCGAAUGCGGGACUGGUGAAACUGGUCAACUCCGCAGGCACGGUGCCGACCGACAUCGAUGUGACAACGUUGCUCUCGGAGAUCGAUGAGCGGACGUUCCAUAACAUCUACGCCGUGGGCAUUCGCGAGUUGCAGGAACUCGGCACGCUCAGCGAUUCGGCCGCCGCAGAAUCUCUGUACAACCUCACGGCGGGUCUCGAUCGUGUUUCGCUUUCCGAUGUGGUCCGCGAGCUGAAGCAUGCCCGACGACGCUUGAUUUCGCCGGAAGGUGAACCCUCGCGGAUCGCCGAACUAAUCGAGCGGCGUGACGAACUGCAAUUGCAGAUCGAAGAACUAUCCACGCAGCCGGAAGAGUAUUUAACUCUGUGCGGCCAACGCGACGACCUGGAGCCCAAGCUUCGCGAGAUGCAACGCGAAGCGACCGACAUCGAACGCCAGAUGCGGAUGAUCGAGCUGGCGUUGUCGCUGCGACCUCGUUGGGAAGCCAGAGCCGAGACCGACGGGAAGAUCACCCGCAUGGGCGAACCUCGCCCCGUGCGGCCCCAGGUGCUGGAUGAACUGAAACAACUGGACGAGCAACUGGCCGAACAGCGAAAAGAAUCGCGAGAGCUGAAACACCAGCGCGAGGCGCUGCAAGAACGCUUCGACCUGUUGGACUUCAACGAAGCCCUGUGGGAUCAGAGUCCCCGAAUUGAAGCGGCUUCUGACCACCGCGAGCUGCUGGAGAUUCUGCAGCGUCAAACCGGCCGGCUGCGGCAGCGGUUGGCGAAGCUUGAUGCCAGGGCACAGCAAUAUCGUCAACGCCCCGGGUUUAAGGCUCCCGCCUCGCAAGCGAACCCCGAGGGCGUCACUGAGAAGAAGCUCAGCGAACUCAAGAAGCUUUCGCAAUCGAUCGCCGAGCAGAAGAAGCUGGUUUCGCGCUCCGAAGCGACGGCGGCCAAGGCUAAGCGGCGCGCGGCGGACAUCACCGCGCAAUUGCAUGAUCGAUUGGGCACCGAUCCUUCCGAUGACUUAACGGCGAUUCUCGAACAGUCGGGCGAUCGCGUCAGCCAAUCGCGGCGUCGGGUACAUCUCGAUGAGCGUCUCGAGAAGCUAGGGCACGAGAAAAACGAACUGGAAGAGACGAGCGAUCGGAUGAUCGAGCGUCAGCUUCUCUCCGGUUGGGCUCUGGCCGGCAUCGGGGCGAUGUUCAUCGUGGGCAUUGCUUCGCUGUUGUUGCUGCUGGUGAGCACGGUGCUGCCGAUCGCGGAGGACACUUCGACGACGUUGUGGUUGGGCAUCAUGGGCAUUGGCCUGCUGAUUGCAGCCGUCGUGGUGAAGAUCUCGCUGGAGCGUGAAGCCCGGCGGCAGAUGAACGAUGUGCAAGAGCAGCUCGAUACCGUGCAUCGGCAGAUAGCUAAGCUGCGGGACGAUCGAGACGAGUUGGAUGCCGCAUUGCCUGGGGGCGGUGGCCCCCUGGUCAUGCGAUUGCAGAACGCCGAACAACAGCACUCCGCUUUGGAAGACCUGCUGCCGCUGGACUCGCAGCGGAAGGAGGCCAUGGCCAAGGAAGAGGCCGCCAACGAGCGGACCGCCACGGCCCGAGGGGAAGUGCAGACGCUGGAACAACUGUGGCAGAGCGAACUGCGGCAGCUCGGCUUGCCGGCCGACUGGUCGCCCAAGCAACUCAGUUCACUGGCCACCGGUCGCAAACGGCUGGACCGGCUCACCCGGCAGCAAGAGCGUUUGCGAGAGGAUCUGGAGAUUCAGGAGAAAUCGCUGGCCUCGAUGUCGCGGCGGAUAGCCGAGUUGGUCGAGGCGGCCGAACUGGAGGCCCCCAGCAACAAUCCGCUCGAGCAGUUGGCCUUCUUGUCUCGAGAGCUGGCAGCCCAACAGGGUCUGGCGCAGCAGCGGGACGAACUCCGCGGCGAGCUGCGGCAGAUCGAUCGACAGCGUUCGAAGCUGAGACGCCAGAAGGAAGAAACCACCCGACACCGGCUCGACCUGCUGAGUGCCUACGAGUGCGAAGACGAAUCGCAACUGAGCGAAGCGGUGGCGCAGCGUCAACGUUACGAGAACCUCCUGCAGCGUCGCGAAGAACUGCAGCGAGAGAUCGCCGCUGCGUUGCAGCAGCAAUUCACCGAGCGGGAGAUCAGCGGCCUGCUCGAUCAGUUCGAGGUGAAGCAACUCGAGCAGCAGUGGGACGAGUUAACCAGUUCGCACAGCACGUGUGAGUUGCAGCGUGAAGAGUUGCUGGAAGAGCGAGGACGGAUCGCCGAGCGGUUAAGCACGUUGGCUGAAAGUCGCGAGCAGGCUGAAAGUCAACUCGAGCUGGGUGAAGUCGAGAUCCAACUCGAACGAGCCAUCGGCGAGUGGCAGGCUCUGGCGGUGACUGAUCAAUUGUUAGGCGAGAUCCGCGAUCAGUAUCAACGCGAACGUCAGCCCGAGACGCUACGCGAAGCGUCGGGUUACUUCGAGCGACUGACCGGCGGCGCGUACCGCCGGGUGUGGACUCCACUGGAAGAGGAUGUGCUGCUGGUCGACGACGCGGAUGGAAACACGGUGUCGGUGAAAGUGCUCAGCCGGGGCACCCGCGAGCAGUUGUUCCUCUCGCUGCGGCUGGCGUUGGUUGCCGCCUAUGCCCGCAGAGAUAUUCAUCUGCCGUUGGUGCUGGACGACCUGCUGGUGAACUUCGACAACACCCGAGCGAAGGCCACGGCUAAGUUGCUGAAAGACUUCGCAGCCGAGGGGCAUCAAAUCCUGCUGUUCACCUGCCACGACCAUAUCGUGAAGCUGUUCCGAGGGUUGAAGGUCGACGUACGGCGACUGCCGCGGAAUCGCGAUGUGCCGAACAAGCAGCCGGAAAGCCUGCCGACGGAAGAACGGAAGGUGGUGGAAGUGCCCAAACCGAAGGUGGUCGAGCCGCCCAAGCCCAAGCAGCCGGAAGAGCCACCGCCGGAGGAACCGACUCCGAUCAUCACGGUGGCCGAAAUCCUCGCGACGAUCGAGCCAGAGAAGCCGAAGGUGAUCGUGGAAGAGACGCCGGUAUUCGAAGAGCCGGUGCUCGAGAAACAGCCGCCGUUCGUAGCGACUGAAGAAUACGAAGCAGCCGAGACGGUGUUUCCCGACGACUUACGAAUGCGACCAUUGCCACACGACGAUGAUGGCGGCGAUGGCGACCGCGAUGUUUCCAAUCGCACGCGGGCGGUGGCCUUCGAAACGUGGCAGGGUGCGAAGGGUCUCGCAGAGCAAGAACUGCUGGCCAAAGCCAGAGCAUUCCACGAACGCCGUAAGAAACGUCGGGUUGAUGGGGCCGAUUCGCCUGCGCCCCGACUGUGGGCGGCGGAGGCCGGCGAAGAGUUCGAAGGGGAGUUCGCCGAGCGGCCGGGCUCCGGGUAUCGCUACCCGAGUGACGAGUCGCUGUUGGCCGAUGAGGUCGAAGGUUCGGCGGAAGGUGAGGUCUCUGACGUUGAAGCCGAAGCCUUGAAAGCGAAGCAGCGGGAAGCUCGACAACGUAAGUCUUAG